CUUUCGGGAAGGCCGCUAACCUCGUGGGUUGUGCUAUCCCGCGGCAGUCAGAGGAGUCAAACUUCCAAUCUUGGUGUUUUCCAUCGUGGGUAGCUGACUAGUGAAGCUCAUGGCACCGGCGGAAAUCUUGAACGGGAAAGUUGUCUCCAUGCAAAUAAGGGAGCGACUGAAGAACCAGGUCACUCAGAUGAAGAACCAAGUACCUGGUUUCACACCAGGCCUGGCAAUAUUACAGGUUGGCAACAGAGAUGAUUCCAAUCUUUAUAUAAAUAUGAAGCUAAAGGCCGCAGAUGAGAUUGGAAUCAAAGCCACUCACAUAAAGUUACCAAGAACGGCCACAGAAUCUGAGGUGUUAAAGUACAUUACUUCUUUGAAUGAAGACCUCACCAUACAUGGGUUACUAGUACAGCUACCUUUAGAUUCAGAGAAUCCCAUAAACACUGAAGCAGUGGUCAAUGCUGUUGCCCCUGAAAAGGAUGUGGAUGGAUUGACUGAUAUCAGUGCUGGAAAACUUGCUAGAGGUGACCUAAAUGACUGUUUCAUCCCUUGUACACCUAAAGGAUGCUUGGAACUCAUCAGAGGGACAGGGAUACAGAUUGCUGGAAGGCACGCCGUGGUGGUCGGGCGCAGUAAAAUAGUCGGUGCCCCCAUGCAUGACUUGCUUCUGUGGAACCAUGCCACAGUGACCACCUGCCACUCCAAGACUGCCAAUCUGGACAAGGAGGUAAAUAACGGUGACAUCCUGGUGGUUGCAGCUGGUCAGCCUGAAAUGGUGAAAGGGGAGUGGAUCAAACCUGGGGCAAUAGUCAUUGACUGUGGAAUCAAUUAUGUCCCAGAUGAUAGUAAACCAAGUGGGAGGAAAGUUGUGGGCGAUGUGGCAUACAGUGAGGCCAAAGAGAGGGCGGGCUUCAUCACGCCUGUUCCUGGAGGCGUCGGACCCAUGACAGUGGCAAUGCUAAUGCAGAGCACAAUAGAGAGUGCAAAGCGUUUCCUGGAGAAAUUUAAGUCAGGAAAGUGGCGGAUUGAGUAUAACAAGCUUAACCUCAAGACACCUGUUCCAAGUGACAUUGAAAUAUCACGAUCCUGCAAGCCAAAGCCCAUCAGUAACCUGGCUCAAGAAAUUGGGCUGUUCUCUGAAGAGGUGGAAUUGUAUGGCAAAACCAAGGCCAAAGUUCUGCUGUCAGUGCUGGACCGCCUGAAGCAGCAGCCCGACGGGAAAUACGUGGUGGUGACCGGAAUAACUCCAACGCCCCUGGGAGAAGGGAAGAGCACAACCACCAUUGGGCUGGUGCAAGCCCUGGGCGCCCACCUGCACCAGGACGCCUUUGCGUGUGUCCGGCAGCCUUCUCAGGGCCCCACUUUUGGAAUAAAAGGUGGCGCUGCAGGUGGUGGCUACUCUCAGGUCAUUCCCAUGGAAGAGUUUAAUCUGCACCUCACUGGUGACAUCCACGCCAUCACUGCAGCUAACAACCUCGUUGCCGCAGCCAUUGAUGCCCGGAUGUUCCAUGAGCUGACCCAGACUGACAAGGCUCUCUUUAAUCGUUUGGUACCAUCAAUAAAUGGAGUGAGAAAGUUCUCUGAUAUCCAAAUCCGAAGGUUACAGAGACUAGGCAUUGAUAAGACCGACCCUACCACACUGACAGAUGAAGAGAUAAGCAGAUUUGCAAGAUUGGAUAUUGAUCCAGAAACCAUUACUUGGCAAAGAGUGUUGGAUACCAAUGACAGAUUCCUGAGGAAGAUCACAAUUGGACAGGCUCCAACAGAGAAAGGGUACACACGGACGACCCAGUUUGAUAUCUCUGUGGCCAGUGAAAUCAUGGCUGUCCUGGCUCUCACCAGUUCCCUGGAAGACAUGCGAGAGAGACUGAGCAAAAUGGUGGUGGCCUCCAGCAAGAAAGGGGAGCCCAUCAGCACUGAAGAUCUGGGGGUGAGCGGUGCGCUGGCCGUGCUCAUGAAGGAUGCCAUCAAGCCCAAUCUCAUGCAGACACUAGAGGGCACUCCAGUGUUUGUUCACGCCGGGCCGUUUGCCAACAUCGCGCAUGGGAAUUCCUCCAUCAUUGCAGACCGCAUUGCCCUCAAGCUCGUUGGCCCCGACGGAUUUGUAGUGACUGAAGCAGGAUUCGGUGCAGAUAUUGGAAUGGAAAAGUUUUUUAACAUCAAAUGCCGGUAUUCCAAUCUCCGCCCUCACGUGGUGGUGCUUGUUGCCACUGUGAGGGCUCUUAAAAUGCACGGAGGCGGCCCCAUGGUUACUGCUGGACUGCCUCUUCCCAAGGCUUACAUAGAGGAGAACCUGGAGCUGGUUGAAAAAGGCUUUAGUAACUUGAGGAAACAAAUUGAAAAUGCCAGAAUGUUUGGAGUUCCAGUGGUAGUGGCUGUGAAUGCAUUUAAGACAGAUGCAGAGACCGAGCUGGACCUCGUCAGCCGCCUUGCCAGAGAACAUGGGGCUUUUGAUGCCGUGAAAUGUACUCACUGGGCAGAAGGGGGCAAGGGCGCCGUAGCCCUGGCUCAGGCCGUCCAGAGAGCAGCUCAGGCACCCAGCAGCUUCCGGCUCCUUUAUGACCUCAAGCUCCCAGUUGAGGAUAAAAUCAGGAUCAUCGCGCAGAAGAUCUAUGGGGCGGAUGACAUUGAAUUGCUCCCUGAAGCUCAGCACAAGGCAGAAGUCUACACGAAGCAGGGCUUUGGGAAUCUGCCCAUCUGCAUGGCCAAAACACACCUGUCCUUGUCUCAUAAUCCGGAGCAAAAAGGUGUGCCUACUGGCUUUGUCCUGCCCAUUCGAGACAUCCGCGCCAGCGUCGGGGCUGGUUUUCUGUACCCGCUGGUAGGAACGAUUGUCCAUCUUCGAGAAGCUACUUUGAAAGUUAGGCCAGUGUGUAGGCCUAUGGUCAGGAGUAUGGGGAAGUGGAGAGAAGUCAGCUCCUGCUUCGAAGAGCUUCUGAAAGAAAUAGUGAGAGUUUCCCCAGAAGCCCUCUUUGGUCUUAAUUCCUAUCAGCAUCUCUAAAUUAACAUAAAUCAUGCAUAUGUCUAUUUACUUUUCUGAAAUUUCAGAGUAAAAGAAAAUAAUUUUGCUAUCUCGGUUUUUAAAUAUAACCUGUAGCAUUUGCAGACUGCUGUAAUAUCUCUGCCAUCCUGUGUGAGCCCAUUUGCCUGGCAUACCCCUGAUACUAAAGAAGCGAGUUGCAAUAUAUACUUUAUGAUUCUCUUUUGUUUAAAGGGGAAAACAUGCUUGCAUGUUUCUGGGAGGGCACAUAUCAGGAGAAGCAGGGUAUGGAGGCUAUAUCUUUUUAUCAUAUAGCUUUCUGUGUUCCUUUUUUCUUUUUUUAACCCUGGAAAAAUAUUGUUCAUGCAGGUUUUUGUCCUGAACUUCCUUGGAAUUCCCAUUUCUGUUACAGCAUUAGCACCAUUUAUUUCUAAGUCCACCAGGAAGACUGGUCAUACAGCACUAACCAAGGGUUAGCUCUUUUUUCUCUAUUGGUUCAGCAAAUAUUUAUUGAGCUUUUACCAUGUGCCUGGGCACUAUUGCUCCCCACAGAAUAUUUUUUUGUUCAGCCCACCUGGUGUGGUUCAGUGGAUUGAGCAUCAUCCCAUGCACCA